CUCAGCCUCGGCCCCCAGAGCAUCAGUGCCUGUGCCUCUCCUCGUCCUCCCCUCUUGCACCAGCAGCUCAGCGUGGCGAGGCCAGGAACGAUGGGCCGGAAGCUGGACUUGUCGGGCCUGACUGAGGAUGAGGCGGAGCACGUCUUGAAAGUUGUCCAGCGGGACAUGAAGCUACGAAAGAAGGAGGAGGAGAGGCUGAGUGAGAUGAAGCAGGAGCUGGCGGAGGAAGGCAGCAGAUGCUCCAUCCUCUCCAAGCAGCACCGCUUCAACGAGCACUGCUGCAUCCGCUGCUGUGCGCCCUUCACCUUCCUUCUCAACCCCAAGCGCCUGUGCUUGGACUGCCAGUACCACGUCUGCAAGACCUGCUGCACCUACAACAAGAGGGACAAAGCCUGGCUCUGCUCCGCAUGCCAGAAGGGCAGGGUUUUAAGGACACAGUCACUUGAAUGGUAUUAUAACAACGUGAAGAGUCGCUUCAAGAGGUUCGGCAGCGCCAAGGUUUUGAAGACUCUCUAUAGAAAGCACAUUAUAGAGAGAGGAGCGCUCUCUGAUCUCCCAGAAAGCAGCGUUCACGAGGAAAGCAACGACAACGAUGGCAGCAUCUGUGGCAGCGACUCCGCCUUCUACAAACAGAGUGAAGGACACAGUAUGGCCGAGACGCUCACAGUCGCCCUGCGUGUCGCUGAGGAGGCGAUAGAGGAGGCCAUCGCUAAUGCAGAGGAGUUCAGUGACAGCUUGGAGAAGCAGAAUGAGGCUCGGUAUCUACAGGACCACAAAGAUGAGCUCAUAGAGGAACUUGCCACAACAAUUGUACAAAAAAUCAUCCAGAGGAGGAAGCGUUCAGAGAUGCAGACAGAGUAUGACUUUGUCUGGCCUCAGACUCAGUCCCUGAUCCAGCCCAGUGAACUCCCCUCUCCGUCUGAGCCUCAAGCUUCUUCCAUCGGACCACAGGACCCCCUCAAAACCUCCUACUCUCUCUGGCGGUCACGGUCAGCAUUCUCACUCACCAGUGACGACUCCCCAGAGAAGGGUCCAGAGGAGGAGGGUGCUGGAGCGGGCGGUGGCUUGCAGGACUACGCUUCUCUGAAGAGGGAGGUCAAGGCCAAGUCCCUACCCAGCUGGAAGAGUGUUGACCGCCUGGACAACUCCAGUGCAUCCUCAGUGCUCCAGAGCCCAGACGGUAACUGGAUCGCUCUGCAUAGCUCACAGCUGUCUCGGCCCAGCCUGCUAACCAAGAGGAAGAGCCUGGUGUUCAGCGUGCUGGAAAAGGAGUCUGGCGUUGUGUCAGCUUACGACGAGAUGGGAUCCGACUCCGAAGAGAACGACGAAGGUGGCUGGGGCGCAGCGCUGCGACAGUUCCGCCGCAAACUGUCCGAUGAGACUUACUACACAGACUCGCAGCACGACCCGGAGUGGACGUACACCCAGCACCUCCCCAUCACCUCACCGUCCUCCGGCCAGUACACCAACACAGAGACUCUCAACUCUGACUCGGAGGCCUCAUCAGUGCUGUCGGCAUGUCCUCGCAAACCGCCUCACAACGUGCUGAGGAGGAAAGGGCCGCCGGACACACACCUGCACCCUCCUCACCAGCCGCUCUACCACCAACACCAACACCUUCACCAGAACCUCUCUCCGUACCCACUCCACUCAGAGGCACUGGACGUCAACUUUAACCCCAAGGUGAUGGGAGACAGCAGCGAGGCUGAGGAGAGGCAGAGUGAUCCGGUCAGAAGAUCACGGCGACGCAGGAAAAGCAAGAGAGAGUCAUCAACAGAGCAGAGCAGACCUGGAGGCCAGAGCUACACGCAGUCCAUCUACCCCUUAGUGCAGGAGAACAGUGGUUUUCUACUCAACGCCCUUCUGAAGAGGGGUUUAAGUCAGGAAGAGUCCGUACCUGACACUAUGCCAAUGGCCACAGCUGCAACCGACGCCUUCAAAUUAGAUGCCAUGACACCCGAGCCAGAGGACUUGGACACAGUGGCCCAACAUUCUUUGGCCCCCAGCCCUCCACAGCCCCACUCUCUGGCUCCAGGGUCCCAGCACUCGCCCAGCGGUUCAGGGCCAGGAGGCCCUUUAGAAGAGGAGUUACGAUCCAGACUCAGCCAGCUGGUCAGCCGUGCCAAAAGCAAAGACAGCAGCUCAUCUGAGGAUGAGUGCACAGAGCGGCCCGUGGACAAACAGUCAGAGAAAGAAAGCGAUGGACAGAAAGAGAAGUCGCAGCCAAAAGACACUGAAAGAGAAAGGCAGAAGGGAAGUGACAGAUUAAGAGACGGGACCAGCGCUAAGGAAAUAGAGAAAACAAGUGAAACAGUGGAACAAGUGAAUGGACAAGAGGUGGAAAGAAGUGAGAGACUAAUAAAGAGUCCUUCAAUGAGAGAGGAAGGAAGAGUUAGGGAGAGGAGGUUAGAGAUAGGAGUGGAAUGUUUGGAAGAGUGUGGAGAUGACCAGGAGCAUAAGGGAGGAGAUAAGAGAGAGCUUAACGGACAAAGUAAGAGACAACAUAAAAGAGAUGUGAAGAAAGAGACGGGACAGAAACUGGGAGCAAGACGGAGUGGAUCCAGCGCAAGUUCGCCUGCUAUUACACCUUCUUCCCAGGAGGGGGUGCUGUCAGACAACCCGGAGGGACAGAAUGACUUGGAGCAACAGCAGAAGCUUCAGUUGCUCUCCUCUGUCUUACAGCAGCAGAAGUACUCAGCGGCCUCUCUCUGCAGCAUCACCACCGAGGUGCUAAAGGUUUUGAAUGACGAGGAGCUGAUUGAUGAGGCAGGAGGCGAGAGCUACACCCCAUCUGAGUCCAUGAGUGCUUCUCCCAUCUCCAACAGCUCCGAGACCCGCAAGCUGAACCAGAGGCUGACCAAAAUGGAGGAGAAUGUGUACCUGGCUGCUGGUGCCGUGUACGGGCUUGAGGGGGCGCUGGGUGACCUGGAGCAGUGUGCCCGCGGUAUUAAGAGUGGCACCACAGACACAGAGCUGCCUUCCUGGAGGACCAGGUGGCCUAACGCAGCUGCUCAGGUUCAGCACUCUGAACUACAGAUUUCAAACAUCGAGGCGAGGAUAUCAGCUCUGAAAACAGCCGUGAAUGUGACUGUCUGCAAUCAUUUCUCCAAGUUCAAGCCAAGGCGAAAGCCUCAAACCCUGGACUCAUCACGCCAUCAAAGGAGGAAGCUUCCAGCCCCGCCACUGAAAGAGAAGUUGGAGCCCGAGCAGCAGGUUAAAGUGUUUCGGCCGUAG